UCGCCUUGUUUUGCCCCAAACAAAAAUGGACUCCGUCGGAGUCAAGGCCCUUUCCUUUGCGGACCAAUCGAAAUCUAGCAUUCAGGGCUCCGGUUUCCUCACUUCCGCCUCGUCUUCCUGGGUCUCUAUCUUGACGAGUCGGGACGGUCCGCUUCCGAGUCGAACCGCUGUGGCGGCGCCAGGGCGGCGAGGCCCGGAGGCGGCGGGCGGGAUGAGCGGGGCGCGCUGCGGAGCGGCGCGGACGCUGCGGGUGCCGGGCCGCCACGGUUACGCGGCCGAGUUCUCCCCGUACCUGCCGGGCCGGCUAGCCUGCGCCACAGCCCAGCACUACGGCAUCGCGGGCUGUGGGACCCUUCUAAUAUUGGAUCAAAAUGAAUCUGGGCUUAGACUUUUUAGAAGCUUUGACUGGAACGAUGGUUUGUUUGACGUGACCUGGAGUGAGAAUAAUGAACAUGUCCUGGUUACUUGUAGUGGUGAUGGCUCGCUGCAGCUCUGGGACACGGCCAAGGCCGUGGGGCCCCUGCAGGUCUACAAGGAGCACACUCAGGAGGUCUAUAGUGUUGAUUGGAGCCAAACGAGAGGUGAACAGCUUGUGGUGUCUGGCUCAUGGGAUCAGACUGUCAAACUGUGGGAUCCAACUGUUGGAAAGUCUCUGUGCACCUUUAGAGGCCAUGAAAGUGUCAUUUAUAGCACAAUCUGGUCUCCCCACAUCCCUGGUUGUUUUGCCUCGGCCUCAGGUGAUCAGACUCUGAGAAUCUGGGAUGUGAAGUCAACAGGAGUCAGAAUUGUGGUUCCAGCACAUCAUGCAGAAAUUUUGAGCUGUGAUUGGUGUAAAUACAAUGAGAACUUGCUGGUGACCGGGGCAGUGGAUUGUAGUUUGAGAGGCUGGGACUUGAGGAAUGUACGGCAGCCAGUGUUCGAACUUCUUGGUCACACCUACGCUGUUAGGAGAGUGAAAUUUUCACCAUUUCAUGCUUCCAUUCUGGCCUCUUGCUCCUAUGAUUUCACUGUAAGAUUCUGGAACUUUUCAAAACCUGACCCUCUUCUUGAAACAGUGGAACAUCAUACGGAGUUUACUUGUGGUUUAGACUUAAGUCUUCAGAGUCCUACUCAGGUGGCUGAUUGUGCUUGGGACGAAACAAUAAAGAUAUAUGAUCCUGUUUGCCUUACUAUGCCUGCUUGAGAUGUACUCUUCCAGUCAGAAGCAAAGAAGACUGGCUGAGAGCUACUUAACAGGAAAUAAAUGAACUAUCGAUAACAUAGAUAUUAUGCUUUUAUGUGCUAUUCAGAUUUCAAAUUUUAAAAAUUUACCCUGGAAUCAUUUUGAGGCAGCUGAUAAAGACUUUGGCUCACUAUUUAAGCCUGGUACAUAAGCCAUAUUUCUUAAAGUCCCAAGGAAUAAUUGACGUUAUGGUACCUCUUGUAGUGUCUCUUGAAAUGUAAUCUGUGUAUUGUAAAAUGGAUUCAAAUAUGGGAGAUCUGUAGAUUAUAUUGAUAGUGAUAUAUUUCAUUUUUAAUUUUUCAUUUUUGAUGUAAAAUACAAUCACUGCUGUUGGUAAAAAUUAAAAUAAACUGCAUCUCUUGAUUACUUAUGAAGUUA